GUAACCAUCGUAUACGGCUUGUAUUUGUUUUUUAGAGAAAUUUUGAAUUUAUGAUUCAACGACUGUCAGUUACGAAUAAUUAAUUUAAAUUUUAUUAGCGUCACUUUUGUAAACUCAACCAUUACUUCGAAUCAACGUAAAAAUACAUAAAUAGUUUACACCUGGUUAAGCAAAUCACAGGAUGGUUUAGUGUAGAAUGGUCAACAUAAUUUAUAAUUUUAAAUAAAUAAUUGUAUAAUUAUAUAAUUUUGAAUAUUUGAUAAGAAGCCAGGUGUUAAUUAAAUGUUCGCAGUUUUUGUAAUAAGCAAGCACUAUUUUGUUGGUUAGUGUAUUUUAAACUCGUAGUGAUUGCUAAUUUUAUAUUAAUCGACUUUGGUAUUAAUAGUAAAGUUUUAUCUGUACAAUAUUUUUUUUCGAUACACACUCUAUUUAUAGAGAAUUUUCUAUUAACAUUUUCGAAACUUCAAAGAAUACAGAACACAUGUGUAUCUUGACAAAACAGUCGAGAUUAUUGGUCGAUGAUUCGAAGUCUGUUUGGGAUUGGUUGCUUUUGUAAAUGACAGUUACAGUGAAGUGAUCUGUUUUCAGUAUAUAAAUCGCAUUGUAUGUUACAAAUUUAUUUACACCAUAGAUUACUAAUUUGGCGAACAUACUCCUUGCAGCUUGCAUAUUUAUGAAUUUCUAAUUCUAAGGAUUAAAUCUAACCUUGAAUAUACUGUGUAUUUUAUACCAUUUCGAUUCUUUGAAAACAUACUUUGUAAUACAUCGGAGAAUAUUGUUUUAUUUGAUACUACAAAUGAUAAUUUAUCAAAUGACUUAAAAGCAAAUUUUAAACUGUAAGUUAAACUUCUUCCAACAAAUUUUUGAGUAACCGAUAUUCCUAAUAUAAAAGAAGUACGAAAAAUAUAAGUGAAACGUUUAAAAUACCAUAUAGAAAAUUUUAAACAUUACAUUGAAUGUACGUAAUUUUGUGACACGUUGCGUUUUGACACAUAACCAAUAAAUGUCUCUACGAAUUAAAAUAUAAUUUGAAUUGGAACAAAGUCACAAUGAAUGAAAACGAACAAAUGCCACAAACAUUGCAUGUGUCUUGUGGCAAUUCUAAUGCAUCAAACGAACAAGUUUUUCAUGCUGUUUAUAUACCUGAGAAAAAUGUCAUAACAGAAAAUAACAUGAAAGACAAUGUUCGAGUUUAUCUGGAUAAAGCAGAAGCAUUGAAAAUAAUUAAAGAGUUCAAAACUGGUCGUCUGAAAUCGUUUAAGAAACGCUCAGAAGCUGAAGAAUAUGCUAAGAAUGGUUUUGAAAAAGUACCAUGUAAUAAUAAUUCUUCCACACCUACAGCAGUACCUGUAAUAGAGGAAAAAUCAAAUAACUUUAAAGCUCCGAGAUCACAGGAUCUGGUAAGCUUUAGAAAGUUAAUUAAGGAUGGUGAUUUAAAUGCUGUGAAAACUACUAUAUGGGAAAAUCCACGGUACUUAAUUGGUAGUGGAGAUACACCUGCAAUUUUACAAGAAGGGUGUCGUUACAAUGCAUUGCAUAUUGCAGUCAGAGCAGAUAAACCAGACAUGUGUGAGUUAAUAUUAAACACUGUUGGAAAUGCUGAAUUCAUAAAGUUACUUUAUGGUGAUGAGUGCAAGAGUUAUGUGGAUCGUGCACAAAUCAUGUUAGAUUUGUAUUUAAAUACACCAGAUAAAGGACUGAAUGAAACGCCGUUACAUUUUGCAGUUAAAUUUGGUUUGAAAGAUGUAGUCAAAGUUCUCGUUUCAUAUCCGUGUUGUGUAAAAACAUUACCAAACAAGUAUAAACAGCUACCAAUAGAUAUAAUAUGUAGCAGAAUAUAUCAAAAAGCUGAAGAAUUGAAAAAAGAGAUACGUUUUUUAUUAGAAGAUCAGUAUUACGUACCUGUACUAAGAUCCGAAGACAAUACGUUACAACCCGUUAUUGGUGAACCUUUUUCUCCAACUAGCCCACUGAAUAUACAGACGGAUCCAAUAAGUCCACGUUUAGAAGUACGUGCAUUUGCAGGACCAAUGACUAAAUCUUGUGCAGUAGAAUUUAGAAAAAAAUGGAAAACGCCUACACGUCUUCGGAUGACUCCAGUUAAAAGAAUUACUGAAGAUGAAUUUAAUUUCGUCAGCCCUAUUAAUAAUUUAUCCUUAAGGUUACAAGAUACAGAAAAGGGACUUGAACGAGUUGGAAGAGACUUGGCGGAAGAAUAUCAAGUAUCAUGGAAAGAAUUUUGGCCA